AUGCUCAACAGCACCGCCGAAGCUCUGCCGACCACGACAAUAUGCAACAGGACGGCGUCCUCACAGCCAUCCAACUCACAGUUCUCGCUGGGAGUGCUGGUGCUCCUGGCUGUCCUCAUGGUGCUGCUCGCUCUGGUCACCAUCCUUGGCAACGCCUUGGUGAUCCUUGCUUUCCUACUGGACAGAAACCUCCGGCAUCGGAGUAAUUACUUCUUUCUCAAUCUUGCGAUUUCUGACUUUGCAGUGGGUGCUUUUUGUAUACCUUUGUACAUCCCUUAUGGCCUGACAGGGAAGUGGCACUUGGGAAGAAGCCUGUGCAAGCUCUGGCUAGUUAUGGACUAUCUUUUGUGUACAGCUUCAGUGUUUAAUAUUGUCCUUAUCAGCUAUGACCGUUUCCUGUCAGUUACGAAAGCUGUGUCCUACCGAGUGCAGCAGGGAGCAGCCUCCAGCCCCGUUGUGAAGAUGGCGGCCAUCUGGGCCUUGGCCUUCCUGCUCUACUGCCCGGCAGUUCUCUUCUGGGAGCUCGUGGCCGGCUGCAGCGUGGUGCCGCCGGACGAGUGCUACGCCGAGUUCUUCAACAACUGGUACUUCCUGCUGUGUGCCUCCACCGUGGAGUUCUUUGUGCCACUGGUCUCUGUGACCUAUUUUAAUGUGCACAUCUUCCGGGAUAUCCAUAAGCGCCAGAGACGUGGCAGCGUGUUGGACAGUGAGCCGCCCAAGAGCGGUAAGCGCCAGAGACGUGGCAGUGUGUUGGACAGCGAGCCGCCCAAGAGCGGUGGCCUGUCUUGGAGAUUUUGCCUCCUGCCAAGGCAAGGCUUAUCUUCUUCGGAAGCAGAGGACAGCGUUUCAUCAUUAAGUAGGUCGUGGAAACUGGCAGGUUCUUCUCCAACACGAACCAACUCCAUAAUCAUCAAAAAUGAUUCCUCUGCUUCUUUCCGUGUAAAAAACAGAUCAAAACUGCAACGGGAUAAGAAAAUUGCAAAGUCACUUGCCAUAAUUGUGUGCAUCUUUGCCAUUUGUUGGGCCCCGUAUACGUUACUAAUGAUAAUUCGUGGGGCCUGCCAAGGAACCUGUGUCCACAACUCCUUGUAUGAAAUAACCUUUUGGCUUUUAUGGCUCAAUUCAUCUUUGAAUCCAUUUCUCUACCCUCUCUGCCAUAUGAGAUUUCGAAUGGCUUUUGUUAAAAUAUUAUGUCCCAAAAAGUUUGCAACAUUAAGAUCACAUGACACACCUUCUUUUUAG